CAGGCCAGGAAGAUUUACGAACUUCAGAGCGACAACGUCUACAGGGCUGAUCUGGAGUGGAUCCGGGGCUGCGGCUGGGUGGCAGCCGACUCUGUUGAUCACGUCAAAGUCAAGAAAGCCCAGGAAAUACUCAACGAUAGGCUUUACAAGCAGAACGCCAAAGAAUGCUUUGGAAAAUUCAGCCUGAUCGUGGAUCGUCCCGAGAUCAUUUUGGCAAAAAUAAACGCCGCCAACCUCAGCGACCUUAAAUACAAAGAGUCUUUCAAUGCAGAAAAAGGUCAUUACAUCGGCUCUGAGGACACGCCUCAGUUGGCACAUAGCAGGGAAAUGGGCAAGACCAUCAGUGAGAAACUUUACAAAUCGCAAUGGGACAGCUCUAAAGCUACAAGCUACAACCUGAACCAUGAAUACAUCCCGUUACUGAGCGGCAAGAAGGGCAGGGAGAUUGCCAGUGAUGUGAAGUACAAGGAUUCUCAUGAAAAAGCCAAGGGCCACUACAUGGCUGGGACCCUGGUCGACUUCCCCGAGGUGAUGCGCUGCGGCCAGCAGGAGAAAAACAAGGGACUGAGGCUCUACCAGAAGAACUACCACCAAACCAAGACCAAAAUACACCUCCCAUCUGACAUCAUCGCUAACCAGGUGGCCAAGCGCUGCCAGGACAUGUUGAGCGACGUCCUGUACCGCACCCACCUGCACCAGUGGACCUGCCACCCGGAGCAGGAGGACGCCAUCCGGGCCCGGAAGACCAACGAGAUUCUCAGCGACGUGUUCUACAAGGACGACCUGAACUGGAUGAAGGGCAUCGGCUGCUACGUCUGGGACACGCCAGAGAUCAUUCGCGCUAAGAAGUCCUACGAGCUGCAGAGCGAACGUAAAUACAGAGCUGACGCCAAGAAAGAGUUUAACAACUACUCCAUUGUGACCGACACGCCUGAGUACGUGACCGCCGUCCUGGGUCACACCUGGGCCAGUGACCUGAACUACAGGGAGGCUUAUCACAAAGAGAAGCACAUGUACACCACAGUUCUGGACACGCACGAUUAUGCCAGAUGCCACGACUUCAAAUUGUUCUUCAGCAAUAAAAACUACACAGCCGCCUGGGAUAAGAUCAAGGCAAAGAGCUACAAGAUCCCAGUUGACUCCAACGCCUUGCAACACGCCAAACAACAGAAGGUCGUUCUCAGCCACGUCAAGUACAAGGAGGAUUAUGAAAAGUUCAAGUCCCUCUACAGUCUGCCAAAGUCACUCGAAGACGAUCCUGCUACUGCUCGUUGCGUCAAGGCCGGAAAGUUGGUUCUAGAUCGUCUGUACAAGGAGAACUACGAGAAGACUAAGGCCAAGAACCACAUCCCGCCGGACAUGCUGGAGAUCCUGUCCGCUCGCAACACCCAGUCCACCGUCAGCGGCAUCCACUACCGCAAGUAUCUGCACCAGUGGAUAUGCAUGCCUGACAUGCAGAUGUACGUCCAGGCACGCAAAGUCAACGAGCAGCUCAGUGACAUCUUCUACAAGGACGACCUGAACUGGCUGAAGGGUAUCGGGUGUUACGCCUGGGACACUCCAGAGAUCCUCCGUGUGAAGCAUGCUGGUGUCCUGCAGAGUGAGACCAAGUACAGAGCCAAAGGCAUUGAAGCGUUCAAGGAGUACAGCGUGGUGACGGACACUCCGGUGUAUGAAACAGCCAAGCAGAACGCUCAGAACCUCAGUGAUCUUCACUACCGUUACGAUUACAACGCCAACGUCAAGGGUAAGCACACCUCCCCUGCUGUUACCAUGGAAACGGAAAGAGCCCGCCUGGCCAAUCACAUCCAGAGUGACAACUGGUACAAAGAGGCCAACAAGAGCUUCAUGCCCACUGGCUACUCUCUGCCCAGCGACACGCCGCUCAUCAAGCAGGCCAAGAUGAACAGCAUCGUCACCAGCAACGUGAAAUACAAGGAGGCCUUUGAGAUGGUGAAGGCUAAAGCUUACACUCUUCAUCCUGAAGGCGUCAACUUUGUCACCUCCAGAAAGGCUCACAAGAUCAUCAACGACCGUCUGUAUCGUGAGGCUUACCACAAGCAGAAGGACAAGAUCCACACAACCUACGAAACUCCUGACUUCAAACAAUUCAAGAUGAACCAACAACACCUCAGCGACCUGUGCUACAAGGAGAAAUACUACAACAGCCGAGGCCAGCUGAUCUCCAUGCCUAUCACGCCCCAACUCAUGCACUGUCAUCACGUCAAUGAGAUCACCAGCGAGCUGAAGUACAAAGAAGAUCUGAUGUGGCUGAGAGGUGUCGGCUGCUUCCUGUACAACACCCCGGAGAUGGUCCACGUCCGGAACAUCAACAAAUUCAGGACGAGCUACCCGGUGGACGCUAAGAAGAACCUGUCAAACUACACCGUGGUCCUGGAUACGCCAGAGUACAACCGCGUGACUGAGCUGAAGACUCACUUCAGUGAUCGCAUAUACAGAGCCCAGAGCAAGAAGGACAUGAUGAAGGUUUCCUCCAUCGCAGACUCUUUGGACAUAAAGAGAGUCAAGUGGGCCCAGCAGCUGACUAACAAGUACCAGUACACAAGUCUGGCAUCAAAGGAGAGAACUCAUUUCACUCCAGAAAUGAACACUCCUAGUAUUCAGCACGCAAGAAAAAUGAAAGUUGUUUUCAGUGAGAAUAAAUACAAAGAGCAAUAUGAAAAGAUGAAGCACAGGUACACUGCUAUCGCUGAUACGCCUAUCCUGAUCCGGUCCAAGAAAGCCUACCUGCAGUCCAGCAAUUUGCGUUACAAGGAAACCUUCGAGCUUUCCAAGGGCCACUAUCACACCGACAAGGACGCCCUGGACAUCGUGUGCCACCGCAAAUUCACUGACGACAUCAGCGAGGUGAAAUACAGAGAAAAGUACAUCAGCUCUCUGGGCACGUGGAAGUCCAUUCCCGACCGCCCCGAGUUCUUCUUCAGCAAGAUAGCCAACGAUAACAUCAGCAACGUGAAGUACAAGGAGGACUUGGAGUGGGUGAAGGGUAUCGGGUGCUACGUUUGGGACACUCCUGAGUUGGUGAUGGCUGAUAGGAACAAGGCUCUGUACAGUGAGCGCCUGUACAAAGCCUCAUAUGAGAAGAACAGAGGAAACUUCAGAUACACAUGCGACACGCCGUACUUCGAGGCGACAAGGAACGCCUCGGUUCUGAUCAACGACGUGAGUCCUUCCCUUCUAUUGACUCAAAUUAUUUCAUUAUUAUUUGCUUUGAAAUGAUCAACUAUGUUUAUUUGUCUCUUUGCUUCUCUCUUGGACUCUACAUGGAGGUAAAAUAAUGUAAAUGUUUUUAUUUUAUUAGAUUUGUUUUGCUUAAAUCAC